AUGCGUUCAUCUGCAACCAGCAUCCAAUAUGAGGGAGUGGAUACCGAUCAAAACGUCCUCCAAAAGCAUGUUAUGUUCUUUGAUCGGAACAACGAUGGAAUUGUUUACCCUUGGGAAACCUUUCAAGGUUUUCGUGCAAUUGGUUGUGGCAUUCUCUUGUCCACCACCGCUGCCAUUUUCAUCAAUCUUGGUCUCAGUCGCAAAACUAGACCUGGAAAAUUCCCUUCUCUUCUCUUUCCAAUAGAAGUUAAGAACAUCCACAAAGCCAAGCAUGGAAGUGACUCUGGUGUCUAUGACACAGAAGGAAGGUUUGUUCCUUCAAAGUUUGAGGAGAUUUUCAGUAACCAUGCCCACACCAAUUCAAAUUUCUUAACCUCAGACGAACUGAUGGCAAUGCUCAAGGCGAAUAGGGUUCCUAAGGACUUUGCUGGAUGGCUUGCAAGCUAUACAGAAUGGAAGAUCUUAUAUAUUCUUUGCAAGGACAAGAAUGGUUUACUGCACAAAGAUACGAUUCGAGGCGUUUAUGAUGGAAGCCUGUUCGAAAAGAUGGCAAAGGAGAAAGCUUCAUCCGGGAAGCAUGCUGUCACUCCUCCAUUGUAA